CGAGUCGAGUUUGUAGCCACGCUAUACGGCUGCCAUCGGGCUCAGUGCUCGCGACUGCGUAGCGAAGGGCUCGUCACGCAUCGGGACGACACGUUUUGGACACCCUCAACGGCUGCACACUGCACAACAGCCCACUCUCAGACGCGCCCACUCAGACACGCUCUCAGAGCUAUUUUUACGCCGUUUAGAUUGCAAACAAAGGACGCCACCGUGGAUCUGCAAAAAGACGCCAAGGCCUUAGGGCUCAAAAGCCCCGUAUCCACGCCCGCCGCCGUGCGCGCGGCCUACCUGCGCAAAGCGAAAGCGGCUCACCCGGACGCCGGCGGUACGAAGCAGGAGUUCCAGACCAUCCAAGCGGCCUACGAGCGCCUCGGCACGCAGCGCAGACACCAAGCGCGCGUCGACGCGCGCUACUACGCGCGGCGGCCCAACGACGUGAUCGACAGAAUAAACCACCGCCUCUCGCGGCCGCUGGGCAACCUCGUGCCCACGCGCUACAAGGUCGCCUUCCGCCUCGGGGCGUUGUUUCUGGUCCUCGGCGGGGCGGCCAUGGCGGACGAGCCGCGGCGACGGCGACGAUGAUGCUAGCGCUUGUGGUCGCGGCAACGGCGCUGGCGCCCGUCGAACGCCUCUACCUGAGCUAUGGGCACCGCGCGAACAGCUUCUCGGCGGCGUUCGACCCGGACCUCGAGCGGCACGUCACGGAUCAAGGCUUCGUGGCCUUUGCGCGGCACGCGUGCACGCGGACGUCGCUCGCCUUCUUCGACCCCGUCUGUCUCGAAACAAAUAUGGAGACGGUCCUCGACUCUUUCAUGGAACGAGAACGGCAAAGAGGCCGUGUCGCCUUCUGGAAGGUCUCGACGGCGACGGCGCGCUAUCUGUGUGCGCGGCACGGCUUCGCGGCGGCGCCGUACGGCACGGAGCACGCCCUGGAUCUACGUGGUGACAUGCUGCGCGGGCCCAAAAGACGCAAUCUACGGCGCGACGUGAAUAACGCGCGCAAGGCCGGCGCGCGCGUCGAGGUCGUCGAGGCCGCCGACGCCUCCCUAACGACCUGCGAGCGGCGCUGGCUCGCCGCGCGGCCCCAGUCCCGCGAGAUCCGGCGGGCCACGCGGCGCUGCCGCGCGGCGCCGGAGCCCUAUUGCACCAAGGUGAGAGCUGUUGAUGAUUUUGGGGAGACGCUCGGUUGGGCGGCCUUCGACCACUGCUACCGCGACGGCGACCUCGUGGGCGCGGGCUUCUCCACGGUGCGGUGGGAUCCAGAGGCCCCGAAGGGCAUCCCAGCACUCCUAGCCGUCGACGGCGUCGCGCUCGUCGCCGACGGCAGAGCUACGUUCCGCCUCGAGCUAGGGGAAGCGCCGCUCGCGCCGCUGCCGACGCAUCUGGCCGAAGGUUUUCCGCCCCUGCCCUUCGUCAGCGCCGUCACGCGGCUUGUCUACGACCGCGGGCGCCUUCUGUACAACGCCCGAGGCAUCUCGGCCUGGAAACGCAAGUGGCGUGCGGAAGAGAGUGCAUUGUGGAUCUGUUGUGAAAAGGACCCGCCGUUUCUCGAGACGGCCGCCGCGCUCGCGCUGAUCUAUGACCCUUAA